AUGGGCCGCCGUCCGCUCCCGUGGCUGCUUCUGCUGCUGCUGGCCGCGGCCUUUGCCAACGAGCAGUGUCCGAUGAACGUUUCCAGACCGGCGCCCGAAGACGCUCACCAGAUUAACGACGUACUGUGGGCCGGGGAACCGAACAAAUCGUAUCCGCGGGCCGCGUACCGUACGGUCCAGGGCGGCGGUUUCGUCCUGUGCACGUGCGAAACGGGAGCGUGCAUUCGCAAGUGCUGCCCAGAGAACUGGGCGUAUGUAGAAGGAGGGAAAUGCUCGGCACUCAACGCAUCGCUCGGCCACAAGUUUGAGAUUCCAGAGUCUGUAAAUGAAAACGGGACGGUCAGUGUAUAUAACACAAGCCUGUUUCAUCUAGUCUAUGGAAAACUGAUGUGUGGUGACAAAUACCGAUUGACUCCAUCAUUGAAUAAAACUGAUAGUUUCCAAAUAACCAAAACGGGGUGGUUACUGAAUGAAUCUGGAGCUAUAAUUGCUGCACCGGAUAAAUUUUGUUUGGAAUCAUUUGCCGACGACGAUUUUCAAACGUUACCAGUUGUUUGUUCUCCUCCAGAAAUGGAAAACGAAGCAACAGGCGGAAAUAUGUUAUAUACGAUCGGAAUGAUUCUAUCACUACCGUUUUUGUUUUCAACUUUCCUAGUUUAUGCGCUCAUUAGAGACUUACGGAAUUUGCACGGAAAGUCUCUAAUGUGCCAUGUAGCAACGCUAAUGGUGGCCUACACCAGUCUAAUAACUGUUCAAUUCGUUACCAAUUAUGUUACUGAAGAAUGGUGCGUGUUUUUAGCGUAUGCUGUUCAAUUCUCUUUUUUGGCAAGUUUUUUCUGGCUUAAUGUUAUGUGUUUCGACUUAUGGUGGACUUUCAGUGGAUUUAGACCAUUAAGAGGAAAUAUACAAGAACAUGAAGCAAAAAAGUUUAUAAUCUAUUCCAUUUAUGCUUGGGGAAGUACCGCUUUAAUAACAAUAAUUACAUAUGGCAUGGAGGAAUACUUACCAGCUGGUGCAAUUCAUCCAGAGUUCGGAAUUAGGAGUUGUUGGUUUGCAUCAUUUGAAGCCACGUUAUUAUAUUUUUAUGGUCCUAUUGGUAUUCUAUUAUUGAGUAAUCUAUUGAUGUUUAUACACACGGCAAUAAUGAUUGUGAAACAUAUGAAGGAUGCUAGAGUACUCAGUGGAUCUGAAAGCCGCAGGAAUGUGGACCAUGAAAAACAACGAUUCAUGCUGUAUUUAAAAUUAUUCAUAGUCAUGGGUGUCAAUUGGUUAGCGGAAAUUAUAUCAUGGGCAGCAGGUUCGAAUGGCUCUGAAAAAAAGUGGUACGUUACAGACAUCGGGAACUCGUUGCAAGGAGUGUUGAUUUUCUUAAUUUUUGUUUGUAAAAAACGUGUUUUAAAUUUAUUAAACAAAAAACUUUGUCCGCGAUUUCAACUUUUUAAGACAUCUACUGCAUCUACUAGAACAACUAAUAGCACCACCUCUGGAAAUAGUUCCAAUACCAAAAAUAAAGAUGCAGUUGAAAUGUCCACUAAUUGCAGAAAAACUAAUAAUCAAUUACAAGAUUUUAAAGUUUAA